CCUCACAAUGCAGCUUUGUUGCUCAAACAGAUUAAGUCAUCAAGUGACCGGAGGUAUAGCAGCUCCUGGUUCUCCUUUUUUCUUUUCCUGCGUCUUCUCUUUCUCCAACAUUCUCUCUGUGGAGGCUGACCGCUCGCCUCCGACCCUCCAAACAGACAGCCAUGGACAAACAUUAGCAUUUUCAGCGAGGCCAGGCAGAGCAGGCCAACUGCUGACGAGGAAUCAACAUACAUACUUCAUGGUGGCAGAUGCAGGUCUGGGGACCUUCUUCCACCUGCUUCUGCGCUGGAAGGGCAGCAUCUACAAACUCCUCUACAGGGAGCUCAUCAUCUUCACCCUCCUCUACUACUUCUUCAGUGUUGUUUAUAGGUUUGUGUUCAAUGCUGAGCAGAAGAGGCUGUUUGAGAAGUUGUCCAUAUACUGCGACCGCUAUGCAGAACUCAUCCCUGUCUCCUUUGUUCUUGGUUUCUACGUGACCUUGGUGGUAUCCCGUUGGUGGGGUCAGUUUGAGAACGUCCCCUGGCCUGACCGCCUGGCAGCAUUAGUUGGAGGCCACGUCCGUGGAGCAGACGAGGCCGCUAGGCUGACCAGGCGCACUCUGAUGCGUUACGCUAACCUCUCCGGUGUGCUCAUCUACCGCUCUGUCAGCACUGCUGUCUACAAGAGGUUCCCCACGAUGGAGCAUCUGGUGCAGGCAGGUUUGAUGACAUCAGAGGAGCUGAGACAUCUGGAGGACUUGCCCUCCCCUCAUAACAAGUUUUGGAUUCCCUGCAUGUGGUUCGUCAGUCUGGCUCUGAGGGCCCGGACCGAGGGUCGCAUCAACAACGACGUGGCCCUCACAGCCAUUCUCACUGAGUUGAACAGUUUAAGGGCAAAGUGCAUGAAGCUGUAUGGAUAUGACUGGAUCAGCCUGCCUCUCGUCUAUACCCAGGUGGUAACGGUGGCAGUCUACAGCUUCUUCCUGGCUUGUUUGAUUGGUCGUCAGUUCUUGGAUCCAGCCCAAGGGUACCCAGGCCACGACUUGGACUUCUACCUGCCCGUCUUCACGUUGUUGCAGUUUUUCUUCUACGUUGGCUGGCUGAAGGUGGCUGAGCAACUCAUAAAUCCUUUUGGAGAAGAUGAUGACGACUUUGAGACCAACUGGCUCGUCGAUCGUAAUUUACAGGUGUCUUUGCUGUCUGUAGACGAGAUGUACGACAGCCUGCCUCUGGUUGAGAAAGAUAUGUACUGGAAUGAGUCCGAGCCUCGACCUCCCUACACCACUGCCAGUGCUGACCACUGCAAACCUUCCUUCAUGGGCUCUGCACUGGAUAUAAGUGUUCCUAAGGAGGAGAUGGAGUUUCAGUCCAAUUUGGAGCAGAUUAAAGAAAAUGAGGAAGCCAACUACUCCACCCCGCUGCUUGGAGGCCUGGGUCGUCUUCUCGGUGUCCAGUCGCCCAGCUUCCCGCGCUCUUCUCGAGUUUCUCUGCUGCGCCGCCGCCCUGGAGCUCCACUAAAUCGCUUCCCCCUUUACUUACACCCAGAGGCUCCAUCGAUCCAAAACCAAGCACGCCAGCCCUUGAACUCUGAGCAAGAACGGGACUACAGCUUCUCCGGGCUACCUCUAUAUGAGAGGCCGGGCUUCUACAGUUGCCCCCAGACGCCCAUUCACUGCAUUCCCCCAGCCGUGCCGCGACCAAGACCUGCCCGGCGACCUCAGAAUGAAUGGGACCGCAGCUGCAGCUCCCUGGCUCCUCCAAUGGUGGGCUCACAGCUGUUGCCCGACACCCCCAACCACAUCCCACCGCCACCAUCAUCUGCUUUCCCCUGGCUGAGUGAGGAUGGUGAGACGACGGCCACCCCGGCCUUCUCCUUCCCCGACCCCCAGCCCGAGCUUUGCCCAAUAUCGAAACUCAGACGUGGGCACGGCCUGCUGUCACGCCGGCCUCCACCACCAUGCCUGACGCUGGAUGCCUUGCCGUCCGCUGAUAGCCAACCUGGGCCUCUAAGCGCUCGGACGAUGGGAAGUGGGGGAGAAAGGGUGUUCUCCUUCACCCCUCCCUCUCGUCCUGUGCCAGCAAAUCCAAGCAAUCACAACAGCUCCAGCAGCAUUAACGUGACAAGCAGCACCAGCGCUGGCACCGCGGUAGGUCUUUGUAACGGCACAAGUCUCAGUAGCUUUAGUAACCACUGCAACUUCAGUGCCAACGCAAAGGCAAGCAAUGGCGGGCUGAAUAACCUGACAGCUUCCAAUUCAGCGCCUUCACAGCAAGAAGCCAAUCAGCCAAAUUCCCCCAAUGAUUCUGGAAUCUCAUUGGCUGAAGGGGACCUGCUGGGGGUGCUGGUGGAGGGCAGUGGGAACAAGGCAUCUGCAGGAAGGAAACAGGACUGAGAAAGUGCUGUAUGUGUCACACAUGCCUAUAGUGGGUGUGUGUAGGAAAUUAAGCUCCACUUCCUCAAUUAACCUACUUUUAAGGCACAAAGCACCUUACAGGAUUUCAGUGUCAACAUAUGGGGAAGAAAUAAACAUAUGAAGCCUACAUGUGAAUUAUUUAAACUACAGUCCUUAAAACUGUCUCCCAUUAUUAAACAAAAACACAUUGCCUUUUGUGUCAUCUUAAACAGCAUUUGUUUUUUUAAUAAAAACAUUA